AAGUGAAAGAGAAGAAGAGAGAAUAAAGAGAUAUGAAAGGCCAUCGGUCUUUUUUUCUUUUUUUUUUUUUUGUCCUAUAAUAAUAAUUAUCUCAUGUGACCAAAUCGCAUCAUAAUAAGCAACCCACUGGGAUUAAGACCAGAUUUUCUUUUAACUGUGGUACACGCCAUCCCAUAACUGUGAACCAAUUUCCGUAAAAAAAAAAAGGAAAAGGAAAACAUUAAAACAGAAACUAAGUGCUGCAGUUGAAACAGGAGUAACACAACAAGAUUUAGUAAUGGCUUAUUGCGAUUUUAUUUUGAGUUUAAUUUUCGAGUAUGAUACUCCGAAAAUCGUCCACAUUCACAGUAAGAAAGUCGGUAUUAUCAAUCGUUUAUUACAACUGAUUAUAAUUGGAUAUAUUGUUGGGUAUGUUAUUGUCUACAAGAAAGGUUACCAAGAAUUUGAUUUUGUAGUUGGAUCCAUCAGCACGAAAGUAAAAGGCAUCGCUUUGACAAACCGAACAAUUUUGUCAGACACACCUGGAGUCUGGGAUGUGGCAGACUAUGUUGUUCCACCUCAGGAGAACGGUGCUGUGUUUGUAAUGACCAAUGCUAUUAUAACGUACAACCAGACUCAAAGGUGUCCCCAAGAUGUUGCUUCUGGUGAUUUUUGUACCACCGACGCUGACUGCCCAGCUGAAACAAUGAUACCAAGUGGCGAUGGCUUCAGAACUGGUCGCUGUGUAAAUUCUUCCCAAAAUGGUACUAAAGUCUGUGAGAUUUAUGCCUGGUGUCCAUUUGAAAAUGAUACUUUAGGUGAGCCCUUACUGAAAUCAGCAGCUAAUUUCACCAUCUUCGUCAAGAACAACGUUCAUUUCCCUAAAUUCAAGGUCUCCAGACGUAACAUAAUUGGUUUUGAAAAUAAUCGUCAGCUGAGUAAAUGCCGGUAUGAUCCCCGAAAUGCUACAAAUCGCUUUUGCCCCAUCUUUACAAUUCAGGAUAUUUUAGACUUAGUAAAAGGAGACGACAGUACCGAAAGCAUUCUGAAAAUGGGGGCCUCAAUUCAAGUGAAUAUUGUUUGGAACUGUAACCUUGACUUUUCUCUCGACGAAUGCUUACCAGAAUAUAGGUUCACUCGAUUGGAUCGGUCGAACGUUGUAUCAGAAGGAUUUAAUUUCAGGUUUGCAAAAUAUUUCCAAAAUGAGAAUCAAUCGAUGCGGACUUUGAUAAAGGCCUAUGGAAUCCAGUUCCUCAUCACAAUCCAAGGACGGGCAGGGAAGUUCAGCAUUGUUCCCCUCUUGUUAAAUCUUGGAAGUGGUUUAGCUUUAUUGUCACUGGCAUCGGUGGUAGCAGACAUAAUUAUGUUAUAUGUUUUGAAAUCAAAGAAUUUUUACCGAGAAAAGAAAUACCAAAAUGUGGAUGACAACGUAUAUUCGGCAAUGAAAGAGGAUACACCAAUUACUACGUAUGGCUCCAACAAAGACCAACGCUCUGCCUCGUAUCAUUAAUACAUGCAUACAUACACACAUCUAUAUACAUACACAUAAAUACAUAUAUAUGUAUAUAAAUACAUAUGUAUAUAAAUACAUAUAUAUGUAUGUAUAUGUACAUACAUAUAUAUAUACACAUACAUAUAUAUAUAUAUAUAUAUAUAUAUACACAUGCAUAUAUAUAUAUAUAUAUAUAUAUAUACACAUGCAUAUAUAUAUAUAUAUAUAUACAUACAUACAUACAUACAUACAUACAUACAUAUAUAUAUAUAUAUAUAUAUAUAUAUAUAUACAUACAUACAUAUAUACACACACAUACAUAUAUAUAUUGUUGAUGCCAUAAGAAUUUAUAAACAUUUGAGAAAAUGCAAAAGAAUUCUUUGUUGAAAUAGGAUCUUGAUGUCUAUAUAAAGCUGUACGUACAGCAUGUAAGUAUUUACAUGCUAUUAUUAUUAUUGAUAGCUUUAUAUGUACAUUGAUAUUCAAUUUUGAAAAUAAUAUACACACACAUACAUACACUUGCACAUACACAAACACACCUAACUAUAUAUAUAUAUAUAUAUAUAUAUAUACAUACACAUAUGUAUGUAUGCAUACAUGGAUACAUAUAUAUAUAUAUAAAUAUAUACACACAUACAUACACACAUAUAUAUGUUUUCUAUUCUUUUCUUUUCACAUGUACUCUGUGAUUUUUCAAACUCUGGAGACCAGUGAAAGAUAGUUUUCUAUUUUGCUACAUAAAGUUCUAAAUACUGGUGAUAUGUCGUGCCAUUUUAAUUUAAAUCACACUAUACAAAUAUAUAUAUACAUAUAUAUAUAUAUAUAUAUAUAUAUAUAUAUAUAUAUAUAUAUACACACACAAAUACACAAAUACACACACGCAAGUAAUGGUAGAGACAUAUGGAUUUACUGAUGUAAAGAUAGACUGAGGUUAGUAAAUGAAACCAACUGGAAUUUUAUACGCUCAUGGAGGUUAGUCAGUAUUAAUAACUGGUACAUGCGACUACGGUACCCACUUAGAUUAUAUAUAUAUAUAUGUAUAUAUAUAUAUAUAUAUACACACACACAUACACACACACACACACAAAUAUAUAUAUAUAUAUAUGUGUAGAUAUAUAUAUAUAUAUAUAUAAUGUGUGUUUUGCAGACAAGAAAGUCAAUUUUGAAUGCCAACUUUUUUUCUGUCUUACAAGGGUUAAACACUCAAUCUUUCUCUGCUAUUUUUACUGCAUUUGAAAUUUUCUUUCUUGUCUGAAAAAUUCCAACCACAUUUGAUGGUUCUAAAGUUUGUUGAUACAAACCCCAGAACAGUGAGAGAGCAUCAUCGAUGAGGUUGCCAAUGACAACGAAAGAACUUUGACAAACCAACUGAUUUAUCAGUUGAUCAAACAACCACUCAAACAAUUAAUUAGUUAACUGGUUAACUAUUAAUAAAAAAAAAAAAACAUGCAAGAAAA